AUGGCUUGCCACCUAAGAUCAACAAGUUUGCCAUCUAGGCCUCUAGCUAGCGAGGCUGAAGUUGAGCAAGAGCUUCACAGCCUAGAGGCAAGCAUCUCUUCCUCUGCUACCAUCAGCACAAUGUGUGGUGGUCUGAGGAUGCUUGGAAACAUCUACAAUGGUGUUGAAGAGAUUAUCUGCCUGCCAAGCAACCAAGUUAGCUCCUCCCAGCAGAGGAAGAUGUUGGAUGGAGAGAUGGAAUGCUCUUUUGAGCUGAUGGAUCUCUGCAGCACCAUGCAAGAGAUCUUCGUCGAGUUGAAGACCAUCAUCCAAGAUCUGCAAGUGGCUCUAAAAAAAGGAGAUGAUGCAGCCGUUCAAGCCAAGAUCCAGUCUUAUACCCGCUUGGCAAAGAGGGCUAAGAAACAUUUCAAGAAGACAUGCAACAAGGCUGCUUCCAUCAAGGCAGAGUAUGGAAUGGUCAGGCUGUUGACCAAGGCGAGGGAGCUGACGGCCUCUCUACUUGAGUCCACACUCCACCUCUUGUCGAAGCAAAUCGACAUGCCUAAACAAUCUCUUGUUUCCAAGGCAUUUCACAAGAAAAAGGCAGCUAUUUUUGAGGAGGAGCAAUUGCAGGAGUUAGAAUGCAGUAUGGGAGAUCUUGAGAGUGAAGCAGGCCAUCUGUUCAGGAAAUUAGUCCGGAACAGAGUUUCUCUCCUAAACAUUCUUAGCUCAUAGAUACUCCCUAGUCACUCUUGACGCCAUGCGAUUAGCAUCCGCCUUUUUGAGGAGUAGCUGACCUUGGUACAAUUUUCCCAACAUGCAUACAGUAGAAAUGUACAGCAAAUUAUAGAAAGAGAAACCAAAGUUUUGAUCCA